GCCAGGACACAUUAAAGUGACCGUUCCUUUCAAAAACCUGUCAUGUCAGUUGCCAGUUAUAUUAUAGGAGGGACUGUGUUUGAUUUUUUUCAAGCCUCAUCCAAAGUUUACAGAUCAUAUGGUGUGUAUGCAUCUGUAUAUUUAUGUUUCUUCUGUUUUCUGUAGGUAGAGAAGCCAUACAUGUGCUCCACCGUUCCAGUCUCAGUAAACAGAGGAGCUGUUGUUCUUCAGCCUAACACAUUCUCUCAAUACUGUGGCACUAAACUCCAAAUAUGCCUCAGUCUUUCAUUGUUAACGUCUCAGUGGAUUGGUACAACAAAAUGGAGAGCAGACACAUGGAUCUGUUCCUCAUCCCUACGGUUCUGCUAACCUCUGUCACAAUGCUGGUCAACCCCGUUCUGUCCCUCUGCAUACUGUGUUUUCCUACGCUACGUCAAGAGACCCGCUACCUGCUCCUUGCUAACAUGCUCUUCGCCGAUAUGCUCUUCCUCGCCAUAAACCUUGCGAUGGUCUCCUGCAACUCUGUGGGCCUGCACAUGCCCAACCUUUUGUGUGAGUUUAUGAUGGUGAGCAUGGUAAUGACAUACAGCACGUCUGUGCUCACCAUCACAUUGAUGGUCGUCGACACAUAUGUGGCGGUACGUUGGCCGUUACAUUACAAAGAGAUUCUCCCACCAUCUCCCAGGAAGAUAAUCAUGAGCUUGUGGGUAACGGCAGCAGUGUGUCCCGUCUCUUUGCUAGUGAUGUUUGAGGUGGUGAUGGGCAGUGACAAGCAGAGCCGUCCAGUGUGUUUGAUGUUGAUUGCGCUGCACUCGUUAGAACACAAGAUGAAGGUUGGCGUUCAUUUUUACUUCAUCAUUGCCAUCGGCCUCUGCACUGUUCUCAUUGUAUACUGUUAUAUUCACCUCUACUUCAUCACUAAAACGUCUGGGAUAUGGCGUAGUCGGUACUCCCGGGCACGUAUGACACUCCUGGCGCACACUCUGUUGCUCAUGAUGUAUUUUGUACCCACAUUGGUCUUUGCCGUGGAGCUGGCUCUUUUAAAGGAAGAAAGCGUGGAUCUUGUGGGAGUGUGGAUUAACUUGGUGAAUAUGUGCAUAUUGAUGUUGCUUCCACGCUGUUGCACUCCUUACCUGUACAUCCUGCGCUAUCAUGAGAUUUACGAGACUGUCCAGCAGGUGUUUUGGAAGAAGCGACACCAAAGUCAGAGGAGUGCAGCCUAGAACUGGACUUGAAGCAGAGCAAGCAUGCACAAUAACUGUAUCUGGUUGCUCUGUUGGAGGAUUCCUUUGCAAAAGAGGGAAUUUAAGACACCUGAGCCAGAAAGAGGUCUCAAAAGAUACUUUUUAUGUUUUAGUAUUCAUUUUAGUACAUUUUUAUUAAAGCAUUUUAACAUGAAAGUAUAUUAAGAAUGUUUUCGUCUUUUUUAUAUUUUCAUAUUUAAACUAAAGAUAUGUGCUGUUAUUCAUCAUAACAUAAUUAUAUAAAAUGCAACUGAG